AGCAGCAUAUCCAACCCGGAAGCCCAUCUACAACUCCCCUCGCUGGCUGAUACUGCGAUAUCAACACACAGAGGAAGACUGCACGCACACAUCAUGAACCCAGCUACCAUCACAUCCCGCGCCCGCCGCGGCAUUUGCGCAUGCCGCGUCUCCCGCACACUUCUCACACCACGCCGCCGGUUCUUCUCCUCCAAACCCGAAACACACUACGACUUCUUCCCGACAUCGCUACCCCAAGGGCCUCCCCCGAGCGGCCGCUUCCCCAUCGACACGCGCGCCCUGCGCCGCGAAUUCCUCCAGCUCCAGGCCCGCGCACACCCCGACAUGCACCCUGCUGAGAACAAGGCGCGCGCGGAAGCUACAUCUGCACGCAUCAACGAGGCAUACAAGACACUCUCGAAUCCGCUGCUGCGGGCACAAUAUCUUCUGGCCCUGCGCGGCGUGGACGUGGCCAAUGACGAGACGCUCAAGGUCGAAGAGCCCAGCUUGCUGAUGGAAGUGCUGGAGGCACAGGAGGAGAUUGAGGAUGCUCAAUCGGAAGAGGAUCUCGAGGAGCCCAAACGUAUCAAUGAAGAGCGUAUCGCUGACAGCGAGCAGGUGCUUGAGCAGGCGUUCCAUGAGGACGACAUUGAUGCUGCGAAGAAGGAGGCCGUGCGGCUCAGAUACUGGGUGAAUAUCAGGGAGAGCUUGAGUAACUGGGAAGAAGGACGACCAGUGACGCUCCAGCAUUAAUAGAGAAGAAGGGGUGUUGCAUGUACAAAAAGACAUAUGUAAUUAUAGCUUGGGGCAUCAAAACUAGCUUAUAGAUAUAGAAUGGCAUAUACGUCACGGAAUGCGUGCAAGUCACGGCAAGUAAUGAUUUCGACUUUCGAUCAACUCUCCA